AUGAAAACAAAAGGAUUUCUUUCCGUGUUUCAGAAACACUUACAGCGGGAGGUACUAAGUACUCCAGAGUACAAGAACCUGCUGCACCAUGUGCUAUGUAUAAAAAACAGUCUAAUAAACAGGUAUUGUAUAUCUCCCAUAUGCUCUCGGGUGUUUAAGCUUACCAAAUCCACAGUGAACACUGGGGCUGCUACACUUAAUAUUGCAGAUGUCUUAUUAGAAAUAGCCAGUACAUCUAUUAUAGAUAUAAUGGACAAGACAAUUUCCCAGCCUCUAAAUAUACUGAGUGAUAUAGUUUACAAGCCGAUUCUUCAUACUGGAAGGCAUAUUUACAGUGGGCAGCCCUACAAGCGAAAUAUUGAUAUAGAGGCAAACAACUUACAGAUGAAGGAUCUGCCAUUAACACAAGACCAAGCAAAAAAAUUAAUAACUGCAGUAAUUGAGGGAAUGCAUUAUGAUGAUCUUUUGCAAGAAUAUUCUCCGUACGCAUGGAGAAGUAUACGAGUGGGGUAUGCGCCAGGUGAGCUGCUAGAUGUAAACCAUGUCGAAUAUAACAGAAAAAAGAAAGAGCUUUUGUUUAUUGCAGAUAUGUAUAAUGAAAUAGAAGACAAAGUGCAUAAGAAAAAGAGUAAGUGGAAAAUAAAAAAUGAUAAAAAAGAUGGAGUAACAGUUCAUAAAGUAGAAGUAUCUGAAAUUCUCUAAUUUAGAAGAAUUGAUCCAACAAAUUAUGCAAGCGAGCAGAAAUUUAUAAAAAUGCACCAUAGAAUAUCCAAAAAUUGAAUUUAUUUUUGGUUCUGUGCAGUAUUAUAAAUAUAAAAUAGUAUUAUAUUAUUUGUGAAAUAGAUUUUGAAUUUUGGGGUAUUUCAAGUGAAGUGU